AUGUUUCCUCUUUGGAAACUUGUUCUCUUGUGUGGCCUGCUCACUGGGACCUCAGCGUCUCUUAUUGAGGAUCUUGAAAAUGAGGUCUUGGAGAAGCUGAAAGCUCUUCUUGAGAAAAGAAUUGAGACCUCUGACAGUACACUUCAAGCUCUCCUUCAGAAACUGGUGGACGAUUUGAAGGCGCUCGAGGAAUCCAAGUCUCAGGCUAAUGCCUUUCAGAUGAUCCAGGAUGUUAAGACCUUGCUGGAAGAAGAACUUUCUGAAAUUUUCCAAGUAGUAUACAAGGUGACGGGGCUGAAUAUCAGGAACGUCCACAUCCUGGAUAUCAGUGUGACUUCUGAUGGCAAACGUCUUAGCCUGAGUAUCCCCAUCAAUGCUGACAUCAGCUACACACUGCCUCUGUUGGGCAAGGUUGUUGACCUUGGCCUCAACUUGGACCUCCAGGCUACUGUCAGCGCUGAAACUGAUGACACGACUGGAGACGUAACAGUGGUUGUAGAAUGCACCAGCGACCAAGACAGCAUCUCACUCACCGUGCUGAACAGGCGCAUUGCACUAAUCAACAAAGCCGUGGAUGCUGCGGUCAACUUCGUGAGACAGGUCUUGUCCCUUGCAGUGGAAUAUGCGGUGUGCCCAGUGCUCCAGACCCUCAUCGGCCUCCUGGAUGCCAAUUAUGUUCAGGACCUCAUCGAUUGGUUCCCGGGGGCUUGA